UGAUGCCGGAAGUGUUGUGUGAAUACUGAGUAUACUGCUUCCACACACAUACACGCAGGUACAUAGUCUACUACUUAAAGCUAUUGUAUAUUUUAUAUAUAUGUAUUGUAUACUUUGUUCUGCAUGACAUUAUAUUGGUUUUCUGUUCGAUGCUGCAGCGAGCAUAUUGUUCUGGCAUUGAAUAUUCCAAGGGUUAAUUCUGAUUUUGUAAAGUAAUGUUUACUUUAAGAUUAUCCUAAUUAGAACAUUUUGAGUACAUACAGAGAGUAUACCCUACGAUAACACAGUGGUUUUGAUGUUUGCGUUUGUGUUGAAGAUUAUUUGAACCCCUACCAACUGAGUUGCGCAGUUAGUUAGCGUUUGCCUACUACAGAGUGUCGUGGAUCCCACCUACAUACGUAUGACAGCUAUUCUUUUUUCCUAGCUGUCCUGUGUGGUGGACUUGUGUGCUGUGCUUUAGCCUGUCUACUUCGUAGUGUGUACAAUGAUGUAACUACCCCAUAGUUCAUAUUUUGUGUUGAGCUUACGUACGUAGUGACACUGGGAGACUAGCAUCGCUGAGUACAAAAAGUAGUGAUGCCAAGUGUUAUCCAGCAAGCUUCAUUUUCUGACCAAUUUGACAGGAUUUCAGAGAGUGGCUGGAACGUGUUGUGGAUGGUCUUCAGGGACUUAAAACUGUUUGGAAACAGUUUGUCAGCUCAACUUGCAUUGCUUGCUGCUCAUUGUCGUGCAAUAUUCACCAAUUAAAUCAAGAAGAAUUUGUUUAUCCUUUAUUACGGAUGCUUCGAAUUCAACCUGACUUCGGUUCCAAGACAUGUCCUAAUAUUUCUUACUUAUUUUCUCUCUGUGACAACGGAAGAGGAGAAGUGACGAAGGGAGUUUUGCGACUCUGUAAAGAUGCUAUGAAGUCCAAAUCAUCAACCGUUACCUGGGAUUGGUUGUCUGUUUUGCCAAUAUGUCAUUUCCUGUCUGGUGCCUGUGAACCAUUUGCCAACCCUAAACUGGAUCCUGUACCAAAUGAUUUUUCUGGAAGAGCAGAGGAAUUUCGGCUACGUUGAUGUUUUAAGGAAGAAAUCCUUGCGAGGGCUUGUGGCACAUAACGGUGACAUUUUGAAAAGUCUCUUCACUGUUGAUCCUGUACUCAUCUUUGAUGUCAUAUAUCUGUGCCCAGAUGAGGAAUUUUCAACGUUGUGUUCAAUAGUCCCUGCGUGUCUGUCCUUAAAAUGGCUCUCAUUCCAAAAAGUGAAGAUGUUGAAGGACUUUGUCUUGAAGUGGAAGUCAUGGCUGGAGAAAAUAGGAGAGAAGGUCUUAAAUGAAGUUAAUGGGAGAGAAAGUGUCGUGGCCACAGCUUAUGCUGCGCUUGGUUUAGUCUGGCACUUGUUUUCCAACUUGCCUGGGAAACUAGACUUUCAAUUGGAUGUGCUGAAGUGGUCCAUCACUAUUCUCCUGUAUUCUCUGUGUCAUGUCGAAGAUUUAAUUGCUAACCAAGAGGUUGUUGAAGUCGAAGUGAUUGGCCAGGCAUUUCAAUGGUGCCAGUUAUCUUUAAAAAGUUGGAUUGAAAGUACAAAUGUGAUUGGCGGGUCAGUUUUUGGGGGGAAAUCUGGACGUAACUCUACAGAAUUUAAGCUGUGGCAGAGUAUGCUGUCUACUAAGCCUCUACGUCAUAAGAAAAUAAGUACAGACGGUCAGAAUGUGUUAAACAGGUAGUCAAGCCAAGAGUAAUGGAGGUACCAGUUAGGCACAAGCUCAGUCUCAUGACUCUCCUGGAGGAAAUGGAACAAAAGAUACAUCCAGUUCUUUCAAGUAUUGUGGUUGAUGAGGUUCUUGAAGCCAUUGAUAGGACAUCAGAUUAUGGAUCUCUUGACACCUAUGGAGAUUCUCAUUUGCUUGGUUUAGUCUUUGGACGUAUUAUGAUGAAGAGGUACCCACAAUUAAGGUCACAAGAAAUGGGUUCAUUUUCAGUACCCCUGGAUGAUCUGCUGAGUUGGUCCUACUGGCCAGACUGUAUCAAGUUGUAUAGUAAGUUAUUCAACUGAGCAUACCAUGUUGUUAGUUUUUUCGUUUUGCACAUGUUAUAGGAGAUAUGUUUAAUGUGUGUCGCACAGGUUCAAACCAUUAAUAUAAAUAUAUCAACGUUUUAAAUCCUCCCUUGUAAAAGCUCUCUCUUCUUCUAAUCUCAUCAGUACCAUAUUUACUGAGUCUGCUUAUUUUGUUAACUGCUUCACUGGUUAUAAUUUUCACUACGGUCAUUUACAUGUUAGAUGUUUUCAUGAUACUGAUAUUAGUAUUGCAUAUGUAAUCAGAUUAGUUCGAAGUACUUUUGGUCUAUUUUCAGACUUUGAGUCCCUUAUCUCAAGAAUUUCAUGUC